AAGUGCUUCCGCUUUGUUAACGGUGGUGGCAUGGACCACGGUGGUACGUCCGAGUCGGAAUCUGAGUCCCUGUCAGACUUGGAGGGAUCGGAUUUGUCCGAUUUAGAGCUUCAAGAAGCAUUUUCCAAGGGUUUCCUCAAGCCUGGUUUGAAUGUAGCAGAGGAGGCAGAGAAACAAUGUGUCAAUAAUGUGGUGGGCUUGAAACAAUGCUUAGAAGACUUCAAGAAAGACCUGAAGUGGGUGGAGAGACUGGACAUGACAAAUGGCCCAGCUACUGACAUCAUAGCAAAGGCUGAAGGGAAAGCUGUGGGGCAGGAAAACUCAAAUAUUGACCCAGAAGAUGACUUUCAGCGUGAAGUGUUCUUUUAUCGACAGGCACAAGCAACUGCAUUGAGUGCAUUGCCUCGAUUACAGCGACUGAAAAUUGCAACAAAAAGACCAAGUGACUAUUUUGCUGAGAUGGCCAAGUCAGACCAACAAAUGCAGAAGAUUCGAGAAAAAAUGUUAUCAAAGCAGAUGGCAAUGGAAAAGUCUGAAAAGGCUAAGCAGCUCAGAGCAUUACGAAAAUAUGGAAAAAAGGUUCAAGUAGAAGUUAUACAGAAGCGCCAAAAGGAAAAGAAAGCCAUGAUGACCGCAGUGAAAAAGUACCAGAAAGGACUUUCUGAUAAACUAGAUUUCCUUGAGGGCGAUAAGGCUUCUUCAACAGGAAAGAAAGAAGGUGGUGGAGGAUAUGCACAGCAGAAAAAGAAAAUAAAUGCAAAAAGGAAAUAUAAAAAUGAAAAGUUUGGUUUUGGAGGAAGGAAAAAGGGCCUAAAGAGGAACACCAAAGAAAGCUACGAUGAUGUCUCCAGCUUCAAAGCAAAAAUUGCACAUUCAAAAAAUGAUCGCUUUGGAAAAGGAGGAAAGAAACAUGCUAAUAAGCGGCCUGGCAAAAGGAAUCGACAGAAGAUGAAAAACAGGUCACGAAAGUAAACUGAAGAUGGAUAUAUUUUCAUGUCUAGUUUUCCCGCAGUGUGGGAUUUAAUGAACUUGGCUUUUUUCAUUUGUAUAUGUACAUUGAUGCUUACCUAAGGACAUUGACACCAACAGAAAUAAAUUCUACUUUUGAAUAAAAAGACUUUGGAUUUGGUUAGAAUCAAGGUCCUAAAAAUCAUUAUUAACUACAAACCAAAAUACGUUUAUAAUAACUGUAAAUUGUGAUGAGAUGACUUUUAGCUUAAAGGUAAAUUGCACCAUUUAGUUACUUAUUGCUAGAUUAAUUUGAUUAAUUUCCAAAAUUUAAUAAAUGAAAGAUUAAUGAUUUACUAAUGUUUGAUCCUGUAUAUCUAUAGCCAUGGAGCAUUUGAACAAUAGAAAAUUAAAUCAAUUCAAUUUGUCUUGCACAACAACGCAUUUCAACC